AUGCUGGCACAAUCAGCCUUUAUUACGGUGUUUGCACAAAGUGGAACUCCAGGCGAUGUCAACAAUACCGAAAGCAAGCGUGGAAAACAGCCGCACCAACGAGUGUGCGUUGCGUGUCGCCGGUCUCGCCCAAAGCCAGCGUUUAUCCGAGUUUGCCGCGCAGCUGAUGGCACCGGCAUCCGGGUUUUUGCCGAAGCUUUAGAGAAUGAGGCUUCACGGCGAGUUCACGGUCGAUCCGCAUACAUUUGUCGGGACUCACUGGAAUGCUUUAGCUACGUACGCAACCGAAAGCGACUUGGUGGCGCUUUACGAACCAAAGUGCCUAGCGAAGUCUACCAAGCGUGUGAGAGGCUGCUUAAAGCCCCGGGAAGAACCUCAAGCCCGAGUCCAGUAAGGAGCACCACCAAGCAAGCUGAAGAUUCAGAAACAUAA